AUGUCCAGUGGCAUUUUUUAUUUUCUUUUACUAUUUUCUAUUUCCAAUGGCAACAUAAAUAUUACAACAAGCACAAUGUGCAAUUUUACUCAACAUUUAAUAAAUUCGGAAUCUCUCAAACAAUUUCCAACAGAUUGCAAAACAGUAUUUGGAAGCAUUUUGAUUGAUGAGAGCAGUGACGUCACCGAGCAACAGUUGGCCUCAACUUUUAAAAAUUUGAAAAUAUUGUAUGGGGAAUUGCAUGUCUAUAACACGACUUUCACUUCACUUAACUUUCUUGAAGGUCUUGAAGAAAUAGAAUGUGAUAAAGCCGGCUUCUUCCGUUUGAAAUUUAAUGUGAAUAUGAUUGAAAUCGGAAUGUUGAACUGGACGAGAUGUUUCUGUCAUUUUACGGUAUAUGAGCACAAACAAAUGACAAGGAUAAAUCUUCCAAAUUUGAAGAACUUCUCAUCACGCAUGCCUCCCUUUCCAAAUCAAUCGAAUUCGGCGUCUACCAGGCAUCUCCAGAAGCUUGUAUCACCAUAGAAGAAGCAUCAAACUUUAUCGUCAACAGUAAUUUGUAUAUGCGCACUCUUCCAAUCAACUACUGUCCUGUCACUUCAAAUAUUAUCGACGGUGACAAAGUUUGCGUGUUUGAAGAUAUGAACGUUAGAAAUUUGGAUUCUGACUGCAUUCGAGUCGUUGGGAAUAUCUGGAUAAGUGAUGGAGAUGAGGAACAUGUCCACAAGUUGAAUCCGUUAAAGAUUCUUUAUGGAUCAUUGUUAAUCGAUAAUUCAAGUUUAACAACCGUCGACUUCUUGAAUGAAUUGGAUUAUAUUGUGACACUCGACAGUCAUCAACCGUUAAUGUUCGAAUGUUCGUAGCCAUUCAGUGAACUGGAUCCGAUUCAUUAACAAUGGCAAAACCCUAAUGCCUUGGCUUGUGAAUAGCUCAAUUUGCACUACACCGAUGUCAAUCUACCGAGUGGAAAUAGACGCGAAAACAUGUGACAAAGCUCGGGAAAGUAUCGCUGAUGAAAAUGAAGAUGAUGAGAAUGCAGCAAAUGAAUGGUCGGCAGUUUUUGUGAUUUUGACGACUCUAGCCAUACUUUUGUCAUGAAC